AUGGGCAACUAUGGAUUAAGUGCCACAGAUGGCAGAGAUAUUGUCAUUGUGAUGGUGGUAUUAGGCUCUUUGGCCAUUUUGUCUACGAUUCUUCGGAUUAUUUCGAGAAGGAUGAGAGGUAUUAAGCUGGGAUGGGAUGAUAAUCUCAUGAUAAUUGCGACUUGCUUCGUGAUUGCGUCGACAGUGAUGGUGAUAAUGACCGUUACAAAGGGUGGAGUUGGACGACACGCAAAAUACGUCGCCGCAUCUGAUCAAGAGUUUGUAUUGAAGGUGAUCAUAUCAUGCCAGAUACUAUAUGGAAUUGGGCUUGCCAUCGUCAAAACGUCGAUUAUGAUCCUAUACUACAGGCUUUUCGGUACGAAAAAGAGUAUGCGAAUUGCAAUUUACUCGACCGGCGCGAUCAUCUGGGCUUGGGCGUUCAGUAUUCUUAUUGAGUCAUUACUCCUUUGCCAGCCCGUUGCAUUCAACUGGAAUCAGACAAUACCCGGUGGGAAAUGCGGCGAUCGAAAUGCAGCCUUCGUUGUUGCCGGUGUGCUGAAUAUGGUCACCGACUUCAUGGUCAUGUCGCUACCAAUACCGUACAUCUUGAAGCUGCAACUACCAAUUGGUCGGAAGGUUGGUUUGCUUGUCACCUUUUUGCUCGGACUCUUUGUCAGCGCAAUCAGUAUGGUUCGCGUUGUGAGCUUGAUGCGCAUCAACUUCGCAGAUGUCACAUACUCCCUCCCCCUCCCGUUGAUGUGGAGUAUCAUCGAAGAACAACUCGCCAUCGUCGCUAGCAACCUACCUCUCCUCCGCCGCGUUUUCUCUGCCAUAAUCCCUGGGAGCUGGAUUGGUGCAUCGAAUCACGAAUCCGGCUGGUCAAACAGACAGACUCCUGGUCGAAAAAGCUUGUCUAAUCACUUUGCCAUGACUAGAAUGGAUAUUGGUGUUAAUAAUAGCCAGGUAACAUCGGGGCAUACAAAGACUAGCUCGAGUGUUAAAGAGACUAGAUGGAGUGAUGAUGGUGUUGAUGGGCAGUCUGAUACGGAUUUGGCUUCCAAUGGGGCUCUUCCUGGGGGUAUUCAUAUGUCAAAGGACUUUCGAGUGGAGUCUCACGGGUAG